AUGGCUUUCCACCUAAGAUCGAUAAGUUUGCCAUCAAGGCCUCAGGCCAACCAGACUGAAGUCGAGCAAGAGGUGCUGAGCCUAGAGGCGAGCAUAUCUUCCUCCACCACCACCAUCGGCACUAUGUGUGCCGGUCUGAGGAGGCUCAGAGACAUCUACAAUGGUGUUGAAGAGAUUAUUGGCCUGCCAAGCAACCAGGCUGGCAAGAUGUUGGAUUCAGAGAUGGAAGGCUCUCUUGAGCUGCUAGAUCUCUGCAGCACCAUGCAAGAGAUCUUCGUUGAGAUGAAGGCCAUCAUCCAAGAGCUACAGGUGGCUCUAAGAAAAGGAGAUGAUGCAACUGCUCAAGCCAAGAUCCAGUCUUAUGCUCGUUUGGUGAAGACGGCGAAGAAACAUUUCAAGAAGAGCGCAAAGAAGGCUAAUGUUGUGUCUGAGGGUUGCAAGAUGGUCAUGUUAUUGACCAAGGCUAGAGAGAUUUCUGUGUCCCUGCUGGAGUCCACAGUCCAUCUCUUGUCAAAGGAAAUCGGAAUGCCAAAACAGUCUCUUGUCUCAAAGGCAUUUCACAAGAAGAAGACAGUUGUUUGCCAGGAGGAGCAAUUGCAGGAGUUAGAGUGUAGUAUUGGGGAUCUCGAGAAUGGGGUGGGACAUCUGUUCAGGAAAUUAGUCCAGAUCAGAGUUUCUCUCUUGAACAUUCUUAGCUCAUAG